AUGAGGGGUCUGUUUUUGAGGCGCCUCAAAAAGCAUCUAUCGGGGGUGAACCUUAAUCCAGGGGUGAACCUUAAUCCAGGGGUGAACCUUAAUCCAGGGGUGAACCUUAAUCCGGGGGCGAACCUUAAUCCGGGGGCGAACCUUAAUCCGGGGGCGAACCUUAAUCCGGGGGCGAACCUUAAUCCGGGGGCGAACCUUAAUCCGGGGGCGAACCUUAAUCCGGGGGCGAACCUUAAUCCGGGGGCGAACCUUAAUCCGGGGGCGAACCUUAAUCCGGGGGCGAACCUUAAUCCGGGGGCGAACCUUAAUCCGGGGGCGAACCUUAAUCCGGGGGUGAACCUUCAUCCCGGGGCGAACCUUCAUCCCGGGGCGAACCUUAAUCCGGGGGCGAACCUUAAUCCGGGGGCGAACCUUAAUCCGGGGGCGAACCUUAAUCCGGGGGCGAACCUUAAUCCGGGGGCGAACCUUAAUCCGGGGGCGAACCUUAAUCCGGGGGCGAACCUUCAUCCGGGGGCGAACCUUCAUCCGGAGGCGAACCUUCAUCCAGGAGCGAACCUUAAUCCGGGGGCGAACCUUAAUCCGGGGGCGAACCUUCAUCCGGGGGCGAACCUUCAUCCGGGGGCGAACCUUCAUCCGGGGGCGAACCUUCAUCCGGGGGCGAACCUUCAUCCGGGGGCGAACCUUCAUCCGAGGGCGAACCUUCAUCCGGGGGCGAACCUUCAUCCGGGGGCGAACCCUCUUUCCAUCACCCUGCACGAUUCUCCCGCUUUCCAUCACCCCGCCCCAUUCUCCCUCUUUCCAUCACCUCGCCCCAUUCUCCCUCUUUCCAUCACCCCGCCCCAUUCUCCCUGCUUCCAUCACCUCGCCCCAUUCUCCCGUUUUCCAUCACCCCGCUCCAUUCUCCCUCUUUCCAUCACCCCGCCCCAUUCUCGCGCUUUCCAUCACCCUGCCACAUUCUCCCGCUUUCCAUCACCCCGUCCCAUUCUCCCGCUUUCCAUCAUCCCGCCCCAUUCUCCCGCUUUCCAUCACCCCGCCCCAUUCUAUCGCUUUCCAUCACCCCGCACCAUUCUCCCUCUUUCCAUCACCCCGCCCCAUUCUCCCUCUUUCCAUCACCCCGCCCCAUUCUCCCGCUUUCCAUCACCCCGCCCCAUUCUCCCGAUUUCCAUCACCCCGCCCCAUUCUCCCGCUUUCCAUCACGCCGCCCCAUUCUCCCGCUUUCCAUCACCCCGCCCAAUUCUCCCUCUUUCCAUCACCCUGCCCCAUUCUCCCUCUUUCCAUCACCCCGCCCAAUUCUCCCGCUUUCCAUCACCCCGCCCCAUUCUCCCGCUUUCCAUCACCCCGCCCCAUUCUCUCGCUUUCCAUCACCUCGCCCCAUUCUCCCUCUUUCCAUCACCCCGCCCCAUUCUCCUGCUUUCCAUCACCCCGCCUCAUUCUCCCGCUUUCCAUCACCCGGCCCCAUUCUCCCGCUUUCCAUCACCCGCCCCAUUCUCCCGCUUUCCAUCACCCCGCCCCAUUCUGCCGCUUUCCAUCAACCCGCCCCAUUCUCCCGCUUUCCAUCACCCCGCCCCAUUCUCCCGCUUUCCAUCACCCCGCCCCAUUCUUCCGCUUUCCAUCACCCCGCCCCAUUCUCCCGCUUUCCAUCACCCCACCCCAUUCUCCCGCUUUCCAUCACCCCGCCCCAUUCUCCCGCUUUCCAUCACCCCGCCCCAUUCUCCCGCUUUCCAUCACCCCGCCCCAUUCUCCCGCUUUCCAUCACCCCGCCCCAUUCUCCCGCUUUCCAUGACCCCGCCCCAUUCUCCCUCUUUCCAUCACCCCACCCCAUUCUCACUCUAUCCAUCACCCCGCCCAAUUCUCCCGCUUUCCAUCACCCCGCCCCAUUCUUCCGCUUUCCAUCACCCCGCCCCAUUCUCCCGCUUUCCAUCACCCCGCCCCAUUCUCCCGCUUUCUAUCACCCCGCCCCAUUCUCCCGCUUUCCAUCACCCCGCCCCAUUCUCCCGCUUUCCAUCACCCCACUCCAUUCUCCCGCUUUCCAUCACCCCGCCCCAUUCUCCCGCUUUCCAUCACCCCGCCCCAUUCUCCCUCUUUCCAUCACCCCGCCCCAUUCUCCCGCUUUCCAUCACCUCGCCCCAUUCUCCCGCUUUCCAUCACCUCGCCCAAUUCUCCCGCUUUCCAUCAUCCCUCCCCAUUCUCCCUCUUUCCAUCACCCCGGCCCAUUCUCCCUCUUUCCAUCACCCCGCCCCGUUCUCCCGCUUUCUAUCACCCCGCCCCAUUCUCCCUCUUUCCAUCACCCCGCACGAUUCUCCCGCUUUCCAUCACCCCGCCCCAUUCUCCCUCUUUCUAUCACCCCGCCCCAUUCUCCCUCUUUCCAUCACCCCGCCCCAUUCUCCCUGCUUCCAUCACCUCGCCCCAUUCUCCCGUUUUCCAUCACCCCGCUCCAUUCUCCCUCUUUCCAUCACCCCGCCCCAUUCUCGCGCUUUCCAUCACCCCGCCCCAUUCUCCCUUUCCAUCACCCCGCCCCAUUCUCCCUCUUUCCAUCACCCCGCCCCAUUCUCCCUCUUUCCAUCACCCCGCCCCAUUCUCCCGCUUUCCAUCACCCCGCCCCAUUCUCCCGAUUUCCAUCACCCCGCCCCAUUCUCCCGCUUUCCAUCUCCCCGCCCCAUUCUCCCGCUUUCCAUCACCCUGCCCCAUUCUCCCACUUUCCAUCACCCCGCCCCAUUCUCCCGCUUUCCAUCACCCCGCCCCGUUCUCCCUCUUUCCAUCACCCCGCCCCAUUCUCCCGCUUUCCAUCACGCCGCCCCAUUCUCCCGCUUUCCAUCACCCCGCCCCAUUCUCCCUCUUUCCAUCACCCUGCCCCAUUCUCCCUCUUUCCAUCACCCCGACCCAUUCUCCCGCUUUCCAUCACCCUGCCCCAUUCUCCCGCUUUCCAUCACCCCGCCCCAUUCUCCCGCUUUCCAUCAACCCGCCCCAUUCUCCCGCCUUCCAUCACCCCGCCCCAUUCUCCCGCUUUCCAUCACCCCGCCCCAUUCUUCCGCUUUCCAUCACCCUGCCCCAUUCUCCCGCUUUCCAUCACCCCACCCCAUUCUCCCGCUUUCCAUCACCCCGCCCCAUUCUCCCGCUUUCCAUCACCCCGCCCCAUUCUCCCGCUUUCCAUCACCCCGCCCCAUUCUCCCGCUUUCCAUCACCCCGCCCCAUUCUCCCGCUUUCCCUCACCCCGCCCCAUUCUCCCGCUUCCCAUCACCCAUCCCCAUUCUCUCUGUACCAUCACCCCGCCCCAUUCUCCCUCUUUCCAUCACCCCGCCGCAUUCUCCCUCUUUCCAUCACCGCGCCCGAUUCUCCCGCUUUCCAUCACCCCGCCCCAUUCUUCCGCUUUCCAUCACCCCGCCCCAUUCUCCUGCUUUCCAUCACCCCGCCCCAUUCUCCCGCUUUCCAUCACCCUGCCCCAUUCUCCCGCUUUCUAUCACCCCGCCCCAUUCUCCCGCUUUCCAUCACCCCGCCCCAUUCUCCCGCUUUCCAUCACCCCGCCCCAUUCUCCCGCUUUCCAUCACCCCGGCCCAUUCUCCCGCUUUCCAUCACCCCGCCCCAUUCUCCCGCUUUCCAUCACCCCGCCCCAUUCUCCCUUUCCAUCACCCCGCCCCAUUCUCCCGCUUUCCAUCACCCCGCCCCAUUCUCCCUCUUUCCAUCACCCCGCCCCAUUCUCUCGCUUUCCAUCACAUCGCCAUAUUCUCCCGUUUUCCAUCACCCCGCUCCAUUUUCCCGCUCUCCAUCACCUCAGCCCAUUCUCCCGCUUUCCAUCACCCCGCCCCAUUCUCCCUCUUUCCAUCACCCCGCCCCAUUCUCCCUCCUUCCAUCACCCCGCCCCAUUCUCCCGUUUUCCAUCACCCCGCCCCAUUCUCCCUCUAUCCAUCACCCCGCCCCAUUCUCCCUCUUUCCAUCACCCCGCCCCAUUCUCCCACUUUCCAUCACCCCGCCCCAUUCUCCCGCUUUCCAUCACCCCGCCCCAUUCUCCCGCUUUCCAUCACCCCACCCCAUUCUCCCGCUUUCCAUCACCCCGCCCCAUUCUCCCGCUUUCCGUCACCCCGCCCCAUUCUCCCGCUUUCCAUCACCCCGCCCCAUUCUCCCGCUUUCUACCACCCCGCCCUAUUCUCCCUCUUUCCAUCACCCCGGCCCAUUCUCCCUCUUUCCAUCACCCCGCCCCAUUCUCCCGCUUUCCAUCACCCCGCCCCAUUCUCCCUCUUUCCAUCACCCCGCCCCAUUCUCCCGCUUUCCAUCACCCCGCCCCAUUCUCCCGCUUUCCAUCACCCCGCCCCAUUCUCCCUCUUUCCAUCACCCCGCUCCAUUCUCCCGCUUUCCAUCACCCCGCCCAAUUCUCCCUCUUUCCAUCACCCCUCCCCAUUCUCCCUCUUUCCAUCACCCCGCCCCAUUCUCCCGCUUUCCACCACCCCGCCCCAUUCUCCCGCUUUCCAUCACCCCGCCCCAUUCUCCCUCUUUCCAUCACCCCACCCCAUUCUCCCGCUCUCCAUCACCCCGCCCCAUUCUCCCUCUUUCCAUCACCCCGCCCCAUUCUCCCUCUUUCCAUCACCCUGCCUCAUUCUCCCGCUUCCCAUCACCCCGCCCCAUUCUCCCGCUUUCCAUCACCCCGCCCCAUUCUCCCGCUUUCCAUCACCCCGCCCCAUUCUCCCGAUUUCCAUCACCCCGCCCCAUUCUCCCUCUUUCCAUCACCCCGCCCCAUUCUCCCUCUUUCCAUCACCCCGCCCCAUUCUCCCGCUUUCCAUCACCCCGCCCCAUUCUCCCUCUUUCCAUCACCCCGCCCCAUUCUCCCGCUUUCCAUCACCCCGCCCCAUUCUCCCUCUUUCCAUCACCCCGCCCCAUUCUCCCGCUUUCCAUCACCCCGCCCCAUUCUCCCGCUUUCCAUCACCCCGCCCCAUUCUCCCUUUCCAUCACCCCGCCCCAUUCUCCCGCUUUCCAUCACCCCGCCCCAUUCUCCCUCUUUCCAUCACCCCGCCCCAUUCUCUCGCUUUCCAUCACAUCGCCAUAUUCUCCCGCUUUCCAUCACCCCGCUCCAUUCUCCCGCUUUCCAUCACCUCGCCCAAUUCUCCCUCUUUCCAUCACCCCGCCCCAUUCUCCCUCUUUCCAUCACCCGCCCCAUUCUCCCGCUUUCCAUCACCCCGCCCCAUUCUCCCGCCUUCCAUCACCCCGCCCCAUUCUCCCUCUUUCCAUCACCCCGCUCCAUUCUCCCGCUUUCCAUCACCCCGCACCAUUCUCCCGCUUUCCAUCACCCCUCCCCAUUCUCCCUCUUUCCAUCACCCCGCCCCAUUCUCCCGCUUUCCAUCACCCCGCCCCAUUCUCCUGCUUUCCAUCACCCCGCCCCAUUCUCCCUCUUUCCAUCACCCCGCCCCAUUCUCCCGCUUUCCAUCACCCCGCCCCAUUCUCCCUCUUUCCAUCACCCCGCCCCAUUCUCCCUCUUUCCAUCACCCUGCCCCAUUCUCCCUCUUUCCAUCACCCCGCUCCAUUCUCCCGCUUUCCAUCACCCCGCCCCAUUCUCCCGCUUUCCAUCACCCCGCCCCAUUCUCCCGCUUUCCAUCACCCGCCCCAUUCUCCCGCUUUCCAUCACCCCGUCCCAUUCUCCCGAUUUCCAUCACCCCGCCCCAUUCUCCCGCCUUCCAUCACCCCGCCCCAUUCUCCUGCUUUCCAUCACCCCGCCCAAUUCUCCCUCUUUCCAUCACCCCGCCCCAUUCUCCCGCUUUCCAUCACAUCGCCAUAUUCUCCCGCUUUCCAUCACCCCGCUCCAUUUUCUCGCUCUCCAUCACCUCGCCCAAUUCUCCCUCUUUCCAUCACCCCUCCCCAUUCUCCCUCUUUCCAUCACCCCGCCCCAUUCUCCCGCUUUCUAUCACCCCGCCCCAUUCUCCCUCUUUCCAUCACCCCGCCCCAUUCUCCCUCUUUCCAUCACGCCGCCCCAUUCUCCCGCUUUCCAUCACCUCGCCCCAUUCUCCCGCUUUCCAUCACCCCGCCCCAUUCUCCCGUUUUCCAUCACCCCGCCCCAGUCGCCCGCUUUCCAUCACCCCGCCCCAUUCUCCCGCUUUCCAUCACCCCGCCUCAUUCUCCCGCUUUCCAUCACCCCGCCCCAUUCUCCCAAUUUCCAUCACCCCGCCCCAUUCUCCCGCUUUCCAUCACCCUGCCCCAUUCUCCCGCUUCCCAUCACCCAGCCCCAUUCUCCCGCUUUCCAUCAUCCCUCCCCAUUCUCCCGCUUUCCAUCACCCCGCCCGAUUCUCCCGCUUUCCAUCACCCCGCCCCAUUCUCCCGAUUUCCAUCACCCCGCCCCAUUCUCCCUCUUUCCAUCACCCCGCCCCAUUCUCCCUGCUUCCAUCACCCCGUCCCAUUCUCCCGCUUUCCAUCACCUCGCCCCAUUCUCCCGCUUUCCAUCACCCCGCCCCAUUCUCCCUCUUUCCAUCACCCCGCCCCAUUCUCCCUCCUUCCAUCACCCCGCCCCAUUCUCCCGUUUUCCAUCACCUCGCCCCAUUCUCCCGCUAUACAUUACCCCGCCCCAUUCUCCCUCUUUCCAUCACCCCGCCCCAUUCUCCCGCUUUCCAUCACCCCGCCCCAUUCUCCCUCUUUCCAUCACCCCAUUCUCCCGCUUUCCAUCACCCCGCCCCAUUCUCCCACUUUCCAUCACCCCGCCCCAUUCUCCCGCUUUCCAUCACCCCGCCCCAUUCUUCCGCUUUCCAUCACCCCACCCCAUUCUCCCGCUUUCCAUCACCCCGCCCCAUUCUCCCGCUUUCCGUCACCCCGCCCCAUUCUCCCGCUUUCCAUCACCUUCAUCCAGGGGCGAACCUUCAUCCGGGGGCGAACCUUCAUCCGGGGGCGAACCUUCAUCCGGGGGCGAACCUUCAUCCGGGGGCGAACCUUCAUCCGGGGGCGAACCUUCAUCCGGGGGCGAACCUUCAUCCGGGGGCGAACCUUCAUCCGGGGGCGAACCUCAAUCCGAGGGCGAACCUUAAUCCGGGGGCGAACCUUAAUCCGGGGGCGAACCUUAAUCCGGGGGCGAACCUUAAUCCGGGGGCGAACCUUAAUCCGGGGGCGAACCUUAAUCCGGGGGCGAACCUUAAUCCGGGGGCGAACCUUAAUCCGGGGGCGAACCUUAAUCCGGGGGCGAACCUUAAUCCGGGGGCGAACCUUAAUCCGGGGGCGAACCUUAAUCCGGGGGCGAACCUUAAUCCGGGGGCGAACCUUAAUCCGGGGGCGAACCUUCAUCCGGGGGCGAACCUUCAUCCGAGGGCGAACCUUAAUCCGGGGGCGAACCUUAAUCCGGGGGCGAACCUUAAUCCGGGGGCGAACCUUAAUCCGGGGGCGAACCUUAAUCCGGGGGCGAACCUUAAUCCGGGGGCGAACCUUAAUCCGGGGGCGAACCUUAAUCCGGGGGCGAACCUUAAUCCGGGGGCGAACCUUAAUCCGGGGGCGAACCUUAAUCCGGGGGCGAACCUUAAUCCGGGGGCGAACCUUAAUCCGGGGGCGAACCUUAAUCCGGGGGCGAACCUUAAUCCGGGGGCGAACCUUAAUCCGGGGGCGAACCUUAAUCCGGGGGCGAACCUUAAUCCGGGGGCGAACCUUGAUCCGGGGGCGAACCUUGAUCCGGGGGCGAACCUUCAUCGGGGGGCGAACCUUGAUCCAGGGGGGCGAACCUUCAUCCGGGGGCGAACCUUCAUCCGGGGGCGAACCUUCAUCCGGGGGCGAACCUUCAUCCGGGGGAGAACCUUCAUCCGGGGGCGAACCUUCAUCCGAGGGCGAACCUCCAUCCGGGGGCGAACCUUAAUCCGGGGGCGAACCUUCAUCUGGGGGCGAACCUUAAUCCGGGGGCGAACCUCCAUCCGGGGGCGAACCUCCAUUCGGGGGCGAACCUUCCAUGUCAAACCUGACCUCAAACCUGACCUCAAACCUGACGUCAAACCUGACCUCAAACCUGACGUCAAACCUGACCUCAAACCUGACCUCAAACCUGACCUCAAACCUGACGUCAAACCUGAUGUCAAACCUGACCUCAAACCUGACCUCAAACCUGACCUCAAACCUGACCUCAAACCUGACCUCAAACCUGACCUCAAACCUGACGUCAAACCUGACGUCAAACCUGACCUCAAACCUGACCUCAAACCUGACCUCAAACCUGACAUCAAACCUGACCUCAAACCUGACCUCAAACCUGACGUCAAACCUGACCUCAAACCUGAUGUCAAACCUGACUCCAAACCUGACCUCAAACCUGACCUCAAACCUGACGUCAAACCUGACCUCAAACUUGACGUCAAACCUGACGUCAAACCUGACGUCAAACCUGACGUCAAACCUGACGUCAAACCUGACCUCAAACCUGACCUCAAACCUGACCUCAAACCUGACCUCAAACCUGACCUCAAACCUGACCUCAAACCUGACGUCAAACCUGACCUCAAACCUGACCUCAAACCUGACCUCAAACCUGACCUCAAACCUGACGUCAAACCUGACGUCAAACCUGACGUCAAACCUGACGUCAAACCUGACGUCAAACCUGACCUCAAACCUGACGUCAAACCUGACCUCAAACCUGACGUCAAACCUGACCUCAAACCUGACCUCAAACCUGACCUCAAACCUGACCUCAAACCUGACCUCAAACCUGACCUCAAACCUGACCUCAAACCUGACGAAAAACCUGACGUCAAACCUGACGUCAAACCUGACCUCAAACUUGACUUCAAACCUGGCGCCAAACCUGACCUCAAACUUGACGUCAAACCUGACCUCAAACCUGACGUCAAACCUGACGUCAAACCUGACCUCAAACCUGACGUCAAACCUGACCUCAAACCUGACCUCAAACCUGACGUCAAACCUGACGUCAAACCUGACGUCAAACUGGACCUCAAACCUGACGUCAAACCUGACCUCAAACCUGACGUCAAACCUGACCUCAAACCUGACGUCAAACCUGGCCUCAAACUCGACGUCAAACCUGACGUCAAACCUGACCUCAAACCUGACGUCAAACCUGACCUCAAACCUGACCUCAAACCUGACGUCAAACCUGACCUCAAACCUGACCUCAAACCUGACCUCAAACCUGACGUCAAACCUGACCUCAAACCUGACCUCAAACCUGACCUCAAACCUGACGUCAAACCUGACCUCAAACCUGAUGUCAAACCUGACCUCAAACCUGACGUCAAACCUGACGUCAAACCUGACCUCAAACCUGACGUCAAACCUGACGUCAAACCUGACGUCAAACCUGACCUCAAACCUGACGUCAAACCUGACCUCAAACCUGACGUCAAACCUGACGUCAAACCUGACGUCAAACCUGACCUCAAACCUGACGUCAAACCUGACCUCAAACCUGACCUCAAACCUGACCUCAAACCUGACCUUAGACCUGACCUCAAAAUUGACCUCAAACCUGACCUCAAACCUGACCUCAAACCUGACCUCAAACCUGACCUCAAACCUGACCUCAAACCUGACGUCAAACCUGACCUCAAACCUGACGUCAAACCUGACCUCAAACCUGACCUCAAACCUGACCUCAAACCUGACGUCAAACCUGACGUCAAACCUGACCUCAAACCUGACGUCAAACCUGACGUCAAACCUGACCUCAAACUAGAUGUCAAACCUGACCUCAAACCUGACCUCAAACCUGACGUCAAACCUGACCUCAAACUCGAUGUCAAACCUGACCUCAAACCUAACGUAAACCUAACACCUGACCUCAAAAUUGACCUCAAACCUGACCUCAAACCUGACCUCAAACCUGACCUCAAACCUGACGUCAAACCUGACCUCAAACCUGACGUCAAACCUGACCUCAAACCUGACCUCAAACCUGACCUCAAACCUGACGUCAAACCUGACGUCAAACCUGACCUCAAACUUGACGUCAAACCUGACCUCAAACCUGACGUCAAACCUGACCUCAAUCCUGACCUCAAACCUGACGUAAAACCUGACUUUAAACCUGACCUCAAACCUGACGUCAAACCUGACCUCAAACCUGACGUCAAACCUGACCUCAAACUUGACGUCAAACCUGACCUCAAACCUGACAUCAAACCUGACGUCAAACCUGACCUCAAACUUGACGUCAAACCUGACCUCAAACCUGACCUCAAAAAUGACGUCAAACCUGACUUCAAACGUGACAUCAAACAUGACCUUAAACCUAUUUUCCCAUCAGUUUCCCCAUCAGUUUCCAAUCAGUUUCCCAUCAGUUUCCCAUCAGUUUCCCCAUCAGUUUCCCAUCAGUUUCCCCAUUAG